AUGCUGCAGCAAGAAAGUACUUUUUGCUGCUGCUGCGCUGCUUCGGAGCAGCAGCAGACAAACAAGCUGCAGCAGCACUCGCUGCAGCAGCAGACAAACCAGCUGCAGCAGCAAACGCUGCAGCAGCAGACAAACCAGCUGCAGCAGCAAACGCUGCAGCAGCAGACAAACAAGGUGCAGCAGCAAAUGCUGCAGCAGCAGACAAACAAGCUGCAACAGCAAAUGCUGCAGCAGCAAACCUCCUCGCCAAACCCCCGCGCAGCUCCCUCUGCGUCGUCACCAACAAAGACAAGGUCCCCGCGGUGGUUGCUGGCCUGCGCGAGCUGGACAUUGAGUGCACAGUGA